AUGGAGGUCAUUCGCGAAGCGCCAAAGGCAUCGACUUUUGUGCCCCUCGCUGAACACCAGUCCGCCACGCCUGCCUCAUUCUACACCGGGCCGCCUGUCCUGCACUAUCAUAGCGACCGCAGCAAGGUCAUCGUCCUAGAACGCGAUGCCUCCGGCGCCGCCCUGCUAGAGCCACUCCUUCAACACGCCUCCAGCGCGCCCGGUGCGAACACCAAUGGCGGGGCAGAAACCAACGGCCAUGGCGAAACCAGCGACAUCGAGCAAAAAGUCCUCGAAGACGUGGACGUUUGGGUCACAUCAGACAAACUCUUCCUGUUCUCGAAUGUUGCCUCCACGGGCCUAUCGAUACCCUAUCCUAGCAUCUCGUUACACGCUAUUCAGACACUGCCCAGUGCUGCCUCGGGCGAGGCCCCAACUCCAUCGCAAGGCGUCUAUAUGCAAUUAAUGGCUUCUAACAACGACACUCUCAUGCAAGACCCGGACGACAUCGAGCCGGAAUCAAUCUCCUUGACCAUUGUUCCGACAGCAUCUGCACCCCCACAAGGAAUGGGCUCUGCAGCUGGCGCUACUACGGCAGCGUCAGGCGACGAGAUCGAGAAUGAGGAGGAGCCCGAGCAGACCCCAGCACAAGCACUGUUCAAUGCUCUUUCGAAUUGCUCCAAUCUACAUCCAGACCCGGUUGAAGACGAGGAGGAGGAUGGAGCACAAGGAAGCCGCCUGAUCCAAUCAGGGCUGGCCAUUCCUUUGGGUGGUGAAGGAUCCGGCCUGCCUCCGCCCAUGCCCGGAAGCGGAGGUUGGAUCACGGCUGAGAACAUGCACGAAUUCGUUGACGAGGAUGGAAACUGGAUCGAGGAUGCGGGCGAAGAAGCUGCAGGAGAAGCGCCUCUUGGUCCAGGUGCAGGCACCGUGCGGUCGAGAGACGACGGGGAAGAUGGCGGCGGCGGAGACAAUACCGCUGCUGACGGCGAGGAUGCUAAAUGGCAGAGAACUGGAUGA